AUGACGAUGAAGCUGACGGAGGCCAAUCUCCGAUUGCUUAGUGAACCCUCUUACUCCCCAUCUUCAACUGCCGUCUGGUCGCCUGCUGCUCAGAUCGAGGACACCAAGAUCGAGAUCCUUGGCACGAUCAAGGCUUUUGGGUAUAUGGGCCCCCAAGGCAUCAAGCACCAACGCGAGGCCGAGGUGUAUGUCGAUAAGACUGGACAAGUUGCCUAUCGCGGGGGCGAGUUCGCCAACUUCGACAACCCGACCUUCUGGGAGCGCCAACUCGAUAUUAUCGAGACUAAAUACAAUGCCCUCCGGCGUGAUAUCCAUGGGCCGCGUGCCAUCCAUGGGCCGCCGGAACCAGUUGUCAUUGAUGAAGCCGCUCAGGUCGAGCAGGACAAGAUAGCCGAAUACUAUUUCCAGCUCAAGCGAAAGCUGGAAUCCGGGCACUUCAUAUCUUCCCGAACAAGUACAAGGCCUGCCCCCCCCAUCAUCGACCAAUACACGCCGCGCCCAGCGGCUCUCGGGAAUGAAGCGGGGACUUGA